UUCUUGAUUCGGGUCUUCUUCCAAGGUGGUACCGUGAAACCCGCCAUCGAAUCAAUAAUCAGACGGCUCUAGAGACACGAAGUAUCGUCAUCCAUUCACACUCUUGGAUCAUGCUGCAAGGUUCACCAGUGGCACCUGCUGUACUACCCAGGUUUCUUUUCGGUCUCACCCGCUGCACUCGACCGGGCAAUCACUCUCUCAGAAACCAAGAUGGCAAGAUCGUUGCUCUGGCACCGACGACCGAGUAUCCGCAAGGGGCAGGCGGAAGUUGCUUCCCAGCUUUUCUCAUUUGCACAUUGAUCGGGUUUUCGGUUCAUGUUUAUGUUCUUUGCCACAAGUUGUCACUCGACCAACCUGGUUUUCGUCGUACCUGGCUAUCCGAAAGCAAUAUCGUCUGCAUAUCUGGGUCGAUGAUCUUCAAUCUUCUUCCCCCAUGCCGGACCUCGACAGUUGCAGGCGCUUCGCAUCCCGCAUGCCUGCCACCCUCCCGCUUCCCGGACAUGCCUAGGCUUUAAACUUACGGAAGUCUGCCCGUUACGUUACUUGCCG